UCUAUCGUGUUUAUAUCUCAGCUGGUCAAUGUUAUUUGGAGUUAUAUCAGCUGCUUCAUUAAUGUGUGAUUAGCAAAUAAAAAAUAGUUCAAUAUUGUGUGGAAUCGUGUUAAAAAUGAAAAGUCCUCCAUCGUUAUACGCAAUUUGUGUGAAAGCAGCUGUCAAAGAUUGUGUUACUGUUUGUAAAUUUUGUAAAAAAGAGUUCAGAUCAUUGCCUGACAAUGUCCUCUUUGAUUUUUAUUAUACAAUGUUCACUGAAAAACGGGCGUGCCUUCUUGCUGUUGAAUUCAGUGAACUGGAAGUUUUUAUUCGAAUGUUGAACGUUAAACAUAAACGCGUCAAGUUGUUGAAGAGUUUUCAAGGUUUAAUUAAUCACGGAUCGAACGUUCCUGACGAAUUAAUCCAGGAUUUUUCAAGUUACUUGCAAAAGGACCCCUUGCGAGCUAUAAGUGUAGGCAUACAAAUUGGUAGCUUCUUCAAUGAAGGGGGCUGGUAUGACUAUAGCAUUAAGAUUUUGACAAUAACAGAAGACUUGUGUAAAGAACAAACAGAAAGCGUGGAGAUUUUGAAAAAAUGCCUUGAGUGCUAUCACAAGCGAAUUUACGCUGAGACAGUUUACUGCGAAUUCAAAGCGGCCGAAAAUACGUUCAAUUCCGCGCAGAAGGUGAUCAAACAAUUAGAAAAAUUGGACGCUUUACCUAACUUAGCUGGCCUUUAUGCAAAUUUCUCAACUUUAUACUUUCAUCGUAGUGAAUAUGAUGAGUCAUUUGCUUGGUCUAAAAAAGCACUAGUCUUACUUAAUGACAAACUUCCAUCAAGAAUCAUCAUUGAAGUGUUAAGACAAGCAUCAAGAGCUUGCGUAGUCAAACGACGUUUUAAUCAAGCAGGACUUCUCAUAAGACAAGCUGUUAAUUUAGCAUCGGAAAUUUAUGAACGUGACGGUCAUCCCCAUUUUUCUGACACGCUGCUUGAUUAUGGAUUUUAUUUACUCAAUUUUGAUUCAAUUCCAGAAAGUGUUAAAGUCUAUGAACGAUCGCUUCAAAUCAGAAUGAACGUUUUUGAAAAAAAUAAUAUUCAUCUUGCUUUGGCACACGAAGAUAUGGCUUAUGCUCUCUAUGUCAAUGAGUACAGCUCUGGGAGGUUCUAUGCUGCAAGGGAAAAUGCGGACCGUUCGAUUCGUCUCAUGGAACGGAUUCUCCCCGAUAACCACUUAAUGCUGGCUUCAGCGAAACGAGUAAAGGCUCUCAUCCUUGAAGAAAUAGCUUUGGAUAUGCGUGAGGGAAAUAAUUCGCAUUUACAAGAAAAAUACUUGAUUGAAGCUGAAGAGUUGCAUCGGACGGCUUUGGAGUUGUCUGGCAAAGCCUUUGGGGAGAAAAACGUCCAAACAGCAAAGCAUUACGGCAAUUUGGGACGUUUGUAUCAAAGUAUGCGUCAGUACGAACAAGCGGAGAAAAUGCAUUUGAAAGCAAUUGCCAUAAAAGAAGAGUUACUCGGAAGCGCCGAUUAUGAGGUGGGGCUCAGUAUCGGGCAUCUAGCCUCGUUGUAUAACUAUCACAUGAAACGCCAUCACGACGCCGAGAAACUAUACAUGCGCUCAAUGGAAAUAAAUCUGAAUUUGUUUGGGGAGACGUAUUCAGGUUUGGAGUACGAUUACCGAGGUUUAAUCAACGUUUAUUCGAAACUAUGUGAUCAGUCCAACGUUAUUUUAUAUACUUUGAAAAUGCGCGAUUGGAGUGUGCUUCGGGCGCAAACCAAACCGCCAGCUCAUGUUGAAGAAAUUUUACCGCUUACAGAAAUAAUCGAAAAGUUCUCGCGUUUGUGCUGAAAUCUAGUCACUUAGUGUAAACGAAAAUUAAACAGUACUGCCAAUUUUUAUUGUUACUCUUUGUCCCAUUUUUUAUUGUUAUGUUUUUAUUUUUUAAACAUCUUGUUCGCGUCUCGGCAGAAUUCGCUGCUUUAAAAAUCUGUGAUAUAACUAGGACAUUCCCGACGUGAAUCUCACACUAAACGUAUCGUGGUUUUUCAGUUGCAUUAUUACAUUUGACGUGCUUUUAUUUCCAGUAUUAAGUUUUUUGAUCAGUGUUUUUUUUUAACCAUGGGACAUGUUACUUUUCUGUAAGAGCAAAAAAUAUAAGGCUAAUUGUAGAUGUAGGAGGCUUAGCUAAUGGCAGUUGAAGAUGUGUAUGACUAUUAUUGGGUGAUAUCGCACGCAGCCUCCUUGAUUGUAAAGCUAUGUUAGUGUUUCAUUAUAUGACUUAGAAUUAACACUUCAUUGAUUCUCAUAUUAGUUAAUCAUACUUUUAUUUUGUUAUUAGAUUGUGAUUCAUAUUUUUUACAACUAAUUUUAGGAGCUAUAUCCUCUUUUUGUUACGCAACAAUUAUAUCGCCAUUUUAUCCUUUA